CUUAACGCGCCGCCAGAGAGCUUGGCCGGGGGCUGCUUUUGUAGCGCGUCCUGUUCGGCAGCGCGGCCUCACACGCCGUCGGCGCGACAGAGGAGCUGCCCACCCGCAGCAGGCGGCCGCGGGACGCGCGGUUGGCGGUCGCCGAGUGAACAAAGCCCCGAUUCCCGGGCGCCGCUUCCACGAUGCAAAACCACAAGCUCGCCGGGCGGGCGAAGAGCGUCAAGAGCUCGACGGUGCGCAUGGUCGAGAGCCACCUGUCGAAGCAGCGCCAGGGUGCGCGCCCGCGUCCCUGAACACCUUAUCGCGCGCGGCCGCCGCCGCUCGGGCGGCCGCGGGCGGUGUGUGGCGCGGCGGCGGCGUAGCGCCCGCCGCCGCGCCGCCGCCGCGGACUGCGCGUGACCACACAAACAACGCUCGACGCCGCCACGCCGUCGCCCCGCGAGAGCCCUUCGAACCACCGCCGCGCCGUCGCCGCCACGACGUCCGUAAGAGAGAGCGCCGUCCCACAUGUACUCACGCCCCGUGCCCACGCAGCCUACGACGGCUGGAUCCAGGAGCUCUGCGCCGACGCCGAGGAGGCGGCCGCGGAGCGCGACCGCCUCAAGGCCAAGCUCGCCAAGCUCAAGGAGGAGCACAAGCGCAAGAUGAUGAUCAAGAUCCUGUCAAGGAUGUCGAACAUGACCUACUACCAGGCCUGGUCGGCGUGGUACAACGGCACGAUCAAGAUCAACCAGCUGUCGGCGGACGAAGAGCUCAAAAUGUUACUGCGGGAGGUCGCGGCAGCCAAGGAGCAGGCCGAGAAGUUGGAAGCGGAGGCGCAAGCGCGCGCCGACGAGGCCGCGGCCCAGGCCAUGGGCGCGGCGACCGAUAAACAAAGGAACCUCUGCAAGAAGAUCUUCACGCGGAUGAUCCAAGGGAAAACGCGCGUCUUCUGGCAGCACUGGGACAUGCAGACCUUCGGGAAGAAGCGCAUGCAGGCCGUCAUGAAGAAGGUCCUCAAAAGACUGCUGAAGGGCCAGCUCCACAAGGGCUACCAGCAGUGGAAGUACGUCGCGACGAAGUGGGACCUCGUCCAGAAGAUCGCUCUUAAAGACAGAUUGAUCAAGGAAUUGGAGGACCUCGAGAGGAAGGCGAAAGCAUUUGAGAAAGAAUGUGAAUCAAGACAAGAAGCCGCGAUGCAGGCCGCGUUGAAUCGGGCCACGGGCGAACAGAAGGAAUUGCUGAUCAAGAUCCUCGCGAAGAUGACGGGCAACAUGUCCGUGUUUGCGUUCAAGAUCUGGGCCGAGAAGGUGCGCAAGUUCAACGAGUCGACGACGCUGACGACCAAAAUCUUGUACCGCAUGAUCAACAUGAAGAAGUCGCUGGGCUUCAAGAAGUGGUUCGAGGUCUGCAUGGGCGACGCGCAGGACAAGUUCAAGCUCAAGGAGGAGCUGCUGAUGGGUCAAAGAGAUCAAUUGUUAGCUGUUCUACGGGCUCGCGCGGAGCAGCUCGAGAAGCUCCAGGCCGAGGCCGCGGAACUCCUCGAAGCGUCGCAGCGGAACGCCGCCGACACUUCUUCAGUGAUGCAGAUCUCGACGCGCUUCGCGGACAACGUCAUGGUCAUCCUCGACAAGAAGGCGCUCGACGAGGAGCUCGGCAUCGACACCGAUAACGCCGGCGCGCAGUACGCGGACCUGGACAUCUAGCGAUGCGUGUCCCCUCCCCUCUGCGUAAGUUGGCUUGGAUUUUAUCUCUGGACGUCGAUGGCGU